CUGUCAACAGAUCCCCAGCUCCAUAUAUCGGCAGCGUGUUUGAGAACUUGCACACCCUCCAAGCCUCGAAUCACCAGUAGUUCUCAGUUCUCAGUGGGUAUUUGGUGAAUCUCCCAGUUGCCCUCUACUUGCAAGUGCACGCCUGCUAUUUUUAUUUCUUUACAGGUGGUGGAUCAUGUGGCACCAUACCAUGUUCCCAUCCGCCUUGGCUGAGGCAACAUCUCAGCUACUUGUCGGGAAGCAGUGUGACUGGCACUUGUUGCUUUUCAAGUUUGUAAAGAUACCACACAGGGUAACUACUUUCAUAUUUAAGCACAUGUUGACAGGCUGUUCCUAAAAUAUUGGCAAGAUUUGAUCGUACGACUUGGGUAUAUAAAGAUCCAAAUAACAUCAAACUAUAUAACCGUUUGUUCAAAUUGCCUCAUUGCCUCACACCAUCAUCCUUGCCUCAUUUUCAGCAUAAAGAUGUCAUGGGUGGAGAGCACCUCUGGUGGAGAAAACAUAGCAAGUCCGCAGGUGCGCUUUGAGAACAACGGAGGAGAUGGGAGCAGCGCUUUGGUCCACUUCUCUCCACACUUAGAGCUGGACACUUCGGAAGAUGCUGAGGGCAUCAGGCCACUCAAGGCGGUUCGAUUCUCAGCCAAGAGUGGUCAGUACGCUCCGCCGAUGGACUUGCAGACCACCACCAAAUUCUACAAGGCUCGGCGCCGCUUCUCUGCCCUGGCCCACGAGCCAAAGAACGCCGUGGUGAUGCAGUUCAAGCCCGGUGAAAUCUUGGUCUUUGACAACCGCCGGAUCCUGCACGCCCGGUCUCAGAUUUUGCCUACGGAUGGCGAGCGAUGGGUGCAAGGCGCCUACAUCGACCGGGACGGCCUUUGGCUGGCCUUUGAGCGGUUGCGACGGCGGCAAGCGCAGCCGUUGGAGUAGAUGUGUCUCUCUGAGGAUCUCCGAGUUAUCUGAAGAAUGUGUCUCUUAGAAUUGAGUUUCUAUCUCAACCCUCUUCGGAACCCAUUGGCGUUGAGAUAUGUUGAGAUGCUUCGUUCUUGG